AUGAAAUUUAAAAGUUCUGCAAUUGGCCCUUUUGCCUUACUCAAAAAAACUGAACAAAACGGGUACUCUAAUGAGACAGCCAAAAUCUUCAAGGAAGAAGAGUUGAAAAGGGCUACUCUCAACUAUGAUGUGAGCACCAUCAUUGGCCGGGGAGGUUUUGGUACAGUCUACAAAGGAUUUUUAGCAGACAAGAAGCUUGUUGCCAUCAAGAAGUCCAAGAUUGUGGAUCAAAACCAAACCGAACAAUUUAUCAACGAGGUUAUUGUGCUAUCCCAGAUUAACCAUAGGAAUGUGGUUAAACUCUUGGGGUGUUGUUUGGAGACGGAAGUUCCUUUACUUGCAUAUGAAUUCGUCCCUAAUGGCACCCUGUUUGAGCACAUACACGACGAAAACAAGGCAUCCAAUUUACCUUGGGAAGUUCGUCUACGAAUAGCUGCAGAAACAGCUGAAGCAUUAUCAUAUCUGCAUUCUGCAGCUUCAACACCAAUCAUACAUAGGGAUUUCAAGUCUUCCAACAUACUGCUUGACAAUUAUACUGCAAAAGUUUCCGACUUUGGGGCUUCAAGGUUGGUUCCACUUGAUCAAACUGAAGUGGCAACAAUGGUGCAAGGCACUCUUGGAUACUUAGAUCCCGAAUACUUGCAUACAAAUCAAUUGACAGAGAAAAGUGAUGUCUAUAGUUUUGGAGUUGUACUUGUUGAGUUACUAACAAGACGGAAGGCUUUGUCAUUUGAUAGGCCAGAGCAGGAGAAAUUAGCCAAGUAUUUCCUCUAUUCCUUGGGAGAAGGUCGGUUGUUUGAAGUCCUUGAGAGUAAUAUAAAGAAGGAAGAGAACUACGAGCAAAUUAAGGAAGUGGCUGAGCUAGCAAAAAGAUGCUUGAAUCUAAGAGGGGAUGAUAGGCCUAGCAUGAAAGAAGUAGCAAUGGAAUUAGAAGGACUAAGAAAAGCACAGAAGUAUCCUUGGGUAAGUGCAGAGGUAAAUAUGGAGGAAACUGAGUACUUGGUUGCUGAGUCUUCCAAUGCAAAUGAUGGUAGCAUUACAGCUUCUGUAGAACCGGAUUUCUCUGGAAGAUGAGCAAUUAAUCAAGCAUAAUCCUGUGGAUAUUGGAUCGGUUUCCUAUUGUAAUAUUUGAAUCUCUACCUUUGUUUCAGGCUUUAUAAUAAUAUGUUUCAGGGAAAAAGUUAUA